CUGCCCGGGAGUGACGUCCCGCCCACUCGCAAGGGCCCCUCGGCAUGGCGGCUCCCUGCAGCCGGAGCGAAUCGGAGCCCAGCUGCGGAGUGAGCCUGGGCUGCCUCCGCGAACAGUAACCCGCCUUUCCGACCCGCCUCACGCCGGGGCAUGGGAAAAGACCGCGAACCACGGAGUCUGGAGGAGUGCUUACAGAGACAAGUCCCCUGAGAAAAGGCCACGCCCACCCAGACAACAAACCCCACCCACCUCAGAAGACGCACCCCUUUACAGAACCAUUCCCACAAUCCAGAGGCCCCAUUCAUUCCAUUAAAGAAUCACCCUCCUCCCUCUUUGCUCCCGCACAUCUCCCAUCUCUCCCUGCCUCUUCAUUCCUCACCCCCCUCUCCACCAUGCCCUGUUCCUGCCCCUUCCCUCUCCCCUCCCCUCCCCGCUCCCUCCACUCUCCUUGCACCCUGGCCCUGCUCGUGGGGUUCCAGUUUGCCUUCGUUGUGUAUUUCUCUCUGGGUGGGUUUCGUGGUCUGGCCUCAGUUCUGAUGCGCUCGACUGGGGGGGACCCCCAGUUUGAUUACUCACAUCCCCACGAUGUCUACACCAACCUGAGCCAGCUGGGGGCGCCGGCGAGCCCAGGGGAAGAACUGGAGAGAGAAAAAGACUGCCUUGAGACAUCACCUUAUCUGGUGGGCCCUGUCUCGGUGCUCCUCUCCUCCCCCCCCUCGCUCUCUCAGAUUGCGGACAGGAACCCCCUGGUGUCUCUGGGGGGGAUGUACCAACCCCCCUCCUGCCAGGCUCUCCACCACACUGCCCUCAUUGUCCCAUAUAGGAACCGACCAGCCCACCUCCGCACCCUGCUCUACCACAUCCACCCCUUCCUGCAGAGACAGCAGCUGCACUACCGGGUCUACAUCGUACACCAGGCUGGUAACUCCACGUUUAACCGCGCUAAGCUCCUGAAUGUGGGGGUGCGCGAGGCUCUUCGUGACGAGGAUUGGGGGUGUCUGUUUCUCCACGAUGUUGACCUGCUCCCCGAGAAUGAUCGCAAUCAUUACGUGUGCGACCCCCGCAACCCCAAACACGUCUCCGUGGCGAUGGACAAGUUCGGAUACCGGCUGCCGUACCCACAGUAUUUCGGGGGGGUCUCGGCUCUGACUCCUGACCAGUACCUCAAGAUGAAUGGAUUCCCAAACCAGUACUGGGGCUGGGGGGGUGAGGAUGAUGACAUUGCGGCCAGGGUUCGUCUCUGCGGUAUGAAGAUCACUCGCCCCCCUAUUUCAGUCGGGCAUUACAAGAUGAUCAAACACCGAGCCGACCAGGGCAAUGAGCAGAACCCCCACAGGUUUGAUCUCUUGAUGCGCACUCACCGCUCCUGGCGCUCAGACGGUCUUAACUCUCUGACCUAUGACCUCCUGUCUCGAGAGCUGCAGCCGCUCUACACCAACCUGUCUGUGAAUAUCGGAGAGGAGCCGCCCAGACCCAAACAGAACCAGGGCCAGAAACGCAAUCAGCCCACACAGAGACCAGAGAACAGGCAGGCCCAACCGCGCCACACAAACCUGUCUGUGAAUAUCAGAGAGGAGCCGCCCCGACCCAAACCCAAGAACCAGACCCUGGGAUACAGACUGCACCUGACCACACAGACACUGACACAGCCCCUCUGCACCAACCAGACUGUGAGCAUUGGAGAGAAGCCAGACCAGAACCCAACACACAGCCUGACACAACCCAGAGUUCAGAACCAGGGGGCAUCCAUACUGAGACUGGAUCAGAACCAACCCACGAUGAGACAGAACCAGGACAAGGGGAGGCCCGCAGGAAAACACAGACAAGACGACAGCAACACACAGGCGAUACAGACAACAUAGACAAGACACAACACAGAGGCUACAGAGACUAGACACAACACAGACGCUACAGACUA